UGCUGGCACAUAGAUUUGGAAGGGAAUGAAGGUGAAAAACAGUCCCGCUGUUGCUCUUGUAGUUUAUUUUUUUGUUUUUACAUCAAAUGAAGUCGUUAAAGUAGAUUUAAAGUAGUUUAUUGUGCGGGACAGAUUCUAUUUAGAUUAGAUUAUUGGAUUGAGGGUAGCAGAUUACCAACCCGCAAUUUCAUCACACUGGGAAGAGACGGUACUGGAGUCGGCGAUCCAGCUUUUUCAUGUAUUGGGAACAUUGGUAAUCAGGUAAGAUAUUUCACUGUACAGUAUGUGAAGGAAUAUCAAUUUAUUUAUACCUAAAAUUGGAGGCAACCUACAAGGCCGAAGCCUUGACGAAAGGAAAGGCAGUUCGUGACUAAUUACACCGCUUUCGAAGAGCAUUCACUCCCACCAGUAGGCUAUUUAUGAAGGAUUUUCAUCUGACAGCCAUAGAAAAGAUGUUUCAUUAUGUCUAUAUGAAUUUGAGUUCUUGGAUGUCAAUUACAUAAAUAAAAACCUAUAAAUUUUUUUUAAAAAGGCCAGACCAAAGCACUAGGACACACUGAGAAACAAUCUUAGAAGCAAUAUGAAAACUAUAGUAAAAAAAGUCCAUGACAACCUAAUUCCAAUGAGAUUUUGGGGCAUUACUAGUUUUCUAUAAAUGUGAAAUGGAAUUCUAUGAUUAAUAUGUUUUGUAAAUGUACUGUCCAAUUAUGAUCCAAACGGAUCCAUAUUGGGGCGUUGAAUUUUGGGAAUGGGACCCAAAGCCCGAACUCCAUAUAAUUCCCACCUUAAAAAGAAUAAAAUCAUUAUUACCCCAUGAAACAGUGUGCGAAUCUGUGUGUAACAUGCAUACAAUACAAUACACAAACCGAUAUACAGACAGGACAGAUCAAGCAUCUUUGGGAGAGUGGCUAAAAAAAACACGACUUUUGAGAAAAGAGAUGCUCAUUCAUUGAAAUGCUAGUAGGUUCUGUGGUCCUGUGAGAAUAAGUGUAGUUAAUAGACCUGAAAGCAAAAUAUUGUAUUUGAUGCAAAAACGACCCAACAUCCAACUUCAUUUCUAACAUCAAGCAUGUUGGAGGCAGCAUCAUGCUCUGGGGUCACUUUUUGGCCAGAGGAACUGGGUAGCUUGUUGCACCCAACACACUGGAGUUAUAUCAUAUACGAGUAUGUGUGGAGCCGAACUGAAUUUUGCAGAAGCCCAUGUACUAAAGCAUUGAUUCUUUGAGAACCCAAAUGUACUUCUUAUUUCCCCAGGCGUUCACCAUGCUCACCAGCUUUGUGGAUGGAAUAUUCUGUUGCUUUACAGGGAAGUCUACUAAUGUGGUGGUCCCUAUUGAAUCUUCCGAGCCCACCGAUGGUUUUGAAUUUGUAGAGGUGAAACCAGGAAGGGUUCUGAGGGUUCGACAUAUUAUACCAGACAGACCAGUGGUUGAAGAACCAGGGACUGGGGAAGGGGGUACUGUGAGCUGCAAGCGUAAAAUCUCAGUGUACCGAAAUGGACAGCUUCUGAUUGAGAACGUCAACGAAGCCACCCAUCCAGAGCUGGUCCGCUAUCAGAAUGGAGACAGCACUGUGGAUAUGGAAGUUUCCAACUGUGAGGCUCCUGCAGCAGGCCAGGCUACUGAGCCCACACCUGGGUCAGCUGCAGGACAGGCUACAGAUACCAAACCUGCACCACAGCAGGAGCAGCAGCAAGUGCAGCGCAGGCGGCGCAAACCCAAGCGCUCCAUUGUGAUUGACUGCGAGCGGAAGAUCGCAUGCUGCAAAGGUACUCACCCUGACGUGGCCUUGUUUUUCAUACAUGGAGUCGGGGGAUCGCUGGAUAUCUGGGGAAGCCAACUGGACUAUUUCUCCCAACUUGGUUACGAGGUCAUCGCCCCAGACCUGGUCGGCCAUGGUGCCAGUUCAGCCCCUCAGAUACCUGCUGCCUAUACCUUUUAUGCACUGGCUGAAGACGUUAGAAUCAUCUUCAAGCGAUAUGCAAAGAGGCGGAAUAUUUUAGUUGGACACUCAUAUGGGUGAGAAAUGGUCCACAAAUUUACUCAUUUGCCUGGUAAAUGCAGAUACAUUUUCCCUCUAAUUUUAGCAUUUUCUUUCUUUGAGCAGUGUCUCGUUUUGUACCUUCCUGGCUCAUGAGUAUCCGGAACAAGUUCAUAAAGUUGUGAUGAUUAAUGGUGGAGGUCCCACAGCACUCGAGCCCAGUCUCUGCUCUGUCUUCAACUUGCCCACGUGUGUCCUUAAUUUCCUGUCCCCGUGCCUCACCUGGAGUUUCCUCAUGUAAGAAUAAUGGUCCACAGGACAUAUUGUCCUUGCCUUGCCUUUUGCCAGCUUGAACAUGAGUAUCUAUGUUUGGCAACCACCUUGUCCAUUUAAUGUUUUUUUAACAAUAAAUAUGCUUUUUUCUUUAUUCAAGGGCUGGAUUUGCUCAUCAGGGAACAAGAGAGAAGAAACUACUAAAAGAGAACAAUGCCUUCAACGUGUCUUCCUUCGUUC